UAUCGCUGUGGGUGAAGCAGGUGUUUGUGUCUCUACAGCUAAUAUUGACUUUCGACGCCUCUCAGCCCAGCCGAUACAGGACGGUCAUGACUGACGGAGAGGGAACCACGGCGCUCAUGGUCGUUGUUAUCAUCGGAAACGUAUUCACUGCAAUGCUGGGUUUGGCGCUGUUUGCAGUGGCGAUCUGGGUGGCAGUAGAUGGGUACAACCUGUACCCCAUCGCAGGCGUGUCAGGGAAGGACGACAUAUUUGCCGGGGCCUGGAUUGCCAUCUUCACCGGCUUUGCCUUCUUCUGUGUGUCUGUGUUUGGCGUCUUCGCCGCCUUGAGGAAGAGCCGCGGCCACAUGCUGCUGUACCUCAUCUUAAUGCUGAUCAUCUACAUUUUCGAGUGUGCCUCGGCCAUCACCGCUGUGACUCACAGAGACUAUUUGGUUGGGAACAGUAACCUGGUGAAGAAGCAGAUGCUGCAGUACUAUGCAGAUGACAGUGAUGCUGGAAGGCAGAUUACAAGCACGUGGAACAGAGUGAUGGAGGAGGUCCAGUGCUGUGGCACAGAUGGCCCUAUGGACUGGAUAACCUACACCUCCACCUACAGCACCAAAUUCGGCACCACCUACCCCUGGCCCCUCAACUGCUGCAAGAGGAAGAGCAACUUUGAGGUGGAGAACCCAGAGGCCUGCAAAAUCGGCUACAUCGGCAGCAUGUUCACCAAGGGCUGCUUCCAGCACAUUGAGUCUGUGUUCAGCCGGUACACCUGGGCCAUCAGCUGGUACGGCUUCUCCAUCCUCAUGUUUGUGUUCUUCCUGCUGCUCCUGGCCAUGCUGUACUACAUGAAGCUGUGAGGCCAGCAGCAUCCCGCCCUGAGCACAGCACAUCUCUCCUCGGCUCCAGGACUCCACCACUCCACCACCUACUGCAGAUCUAUGGUGAAACCAAUCAGCAAAAUAAAUGUCAUCUCUGUCAUCUGUCAUAUGUCAACACCAGACACACAGGGAGUCUUAAAUGCAUUAAGAUAAAUGUAAAUCUGUAUAAUUAUUGUUUUUAAUUAUUUUUCUAAACAAAGUGUGUAUUGAAAAUGAUAGGGAUAUACAAUCUCUGAAACAUGUAUUUUUUCGUCUUGGUUGCUACUGAAAUGAUCAGUUUCAUGAGCUGAGUAACACUGCUCUGCAGCUCCGCUGUGAAUGUGUGCUGGAACUGUUUUCCUAUAACACGUGUUAUAUAUAGGCUUUAUAGAUAGGAUUUAUAUAUAGAAUAUGUUGAUGUGUUUGUGUGGAUGUAAACCCAAGUAAAGAUGCUCACCUG